AUGCAUCUGGCCCACGCAGUCACUUCCGCUCUCGUCGCCGGCCUCGCCAGCGCCUCGCUCGUCCCCGCACCACAGCACAUCUUCGCGAACCCUGAGGAUGGCGAUGUCUCUAGCUACCGCAUCCCGACGGUCCACGAGUCGGCCGUCAUGGCCCGGCGCAUCUUGCACCUGAGCGGACUUGGCACGCUGUCGACGAUUUUCCCAAGCAACGAAAAGCAGCACCAAGAACCGGGCACUGCGGAAAACCGGCCGUCGGACGUGGGUGGCACGCCGAUCGGGCUGGUCGACUACAUCGCCGACUGCGAGCACGCGACGGGAAACCCGACCAUCCUGGCCAUCGACAUCGCCACGAGCUUCAAGAACGUCGCCGCCGGCUCCAACAUCUCGCUCGGCCUCAACUGGGUCCCGCCCAAGGGCCAGGUCCGCUCGCCCGCCAGCCUGCCGCGCUUCUCCCUCCAGGGCUACCUCGAGGACCUCACAGCCGAGGACCUCGUCAAGCACGCUAUCCCCGCCUGUUUCGCCAAGUACCACGCCGACGCUGUGGCGUGGUAUCCUGGCAGCCCCAUCCAUUCGAGUCACUGGGUCAGGUUCGUCGUGCAGGAGGUGUACUGGAUUGGUGGAUUUGGCGAUAGGGCGUACAUUGGCUGGAUCCCGGUAGAGGAGUGGAGAAACGUCACGAGGCAGGAAGUGCGGGAUUGCGUGCUUCCUGGUGAGGAGAAGAGGGGCGGGUGGAGGGAGUGGCUGGGCUUUGGAAACAGCUGGGAGCUCUGA